AUGUCGAGAUUGGUUAUGUAUUUGAUUACCCCUGAACCUAAGCACAUUGCACGCUUCAUUGGUGGUCUCGCACCAGAGAUCAAAGGGAUGGUGAAGGCCUCAAAGCCUGCUACCUAUAGGUCUGCUGUGGAUCUAUCUCUAUCCCUCACAUUAGAUGUGAUCAGAAGCAGGUCUGGAAAUACCAAUGAAGAGGGCAAAAGGAAGAGGGAAGAUGAUAGCUCCCACAGGUUUGACAAGAAGAAAAAGGGGAGAUUUGGGUUCAAAAAGAACCAGGAUAGAUCGGGCGAGAAGCCCACCUUCUGCUAUGGCUGCAAUGAAAAGGGGCACAUCAAAACAAACUGCCGCAAGAAUGCAAAGAAACCUGAUGAGGCUAAGAAAGGGAAUGCUCGAGCAUUCCAAAUGAAUGUGAGGCAAGCGGUGAAUGAUGACAAUGUCAUAACAUGUACUUUUCUCAUUAAUGACGUUUAUGCUAGAGUCUUAUUCGAUUCAGGUGCAGAUAAGUCUUUUGUUGAUCUUAAAUUUAGUAAACUAUUAAAUCUGCCCAUAAGAACUCUAGAUAUUAAAUAUGAGCUAGAGCUUGCCGAUGGAACCAUAGAAACCGCUUCUUCUAUUCUUGAUAGAUGUUCUAUAUCCAUUAAGAAUCAUUCUAUUCCAUUAUCUCUGCUACCAAUGAAAUUGACGGGGUUUGACGUAGUUUUAGGUAUGGAUUGGUUGUCGCAUAACCAAGCUCGUAUCGCAUGCGACAAGAAACUCAUCGAAAUCAAAACCCCUUCGGGUGAGAUGAUCACCAUUCAGGGAGAUAUACACUAUGGAUUGCCUGAUCAAGUGUCUAUAUUUAAGGCAUCCAAAUGCUUGAAAAGUGGGUGUGUCAUUUACAUGGCACAGGUGACAGUGGAUGAAAGUUAG